UUUAAUAUUAACAAACCACCCUUAUAUCUGAAUUAUUUAAAACGUAGUGCAAUUAUUUUCAUUAUCAAUAAAACCUCAAAGUGGGUUUAAAUUAUGGAUCUAUGCGAAUGGAAACGGUAUCUUGAUGUGCUAUUAGUGAAAAGAUAAUUGUUCGGAAAAGAUAUAGUUAAUGGUAAACAUUUUGACAGUGCAAUGCAAAAGAUUAUAUACAUUUUGCGCUAAAUCGAUUGACUUUUUAUGAUAUUCUUGGUUGUAGUGUUUCUUAACGGAUUUUGAAUUCAAAUAAAAUAUAAGGGCAAAAGUCAACAGGCAAGGGAACGUUCACUGGAAACAACAGUUCACAAAUCCAGAACACAAAAAACAACAUUUUAAGAAUGUCACUUGCUAAUUUGUCUCUUCGUCUAUCGGAAGUUCUGAGGGACAUCAGUUAUAACGAGGAUAUGCUGAUAAGAAGAAGGCGGGCUACGCUCUUGGCAGAAUCACUGAUAACUAUAAGUUUCAGAUCUAUCGGGGAACUAAAGACAGAAUAUAUAUUUGGUAGUUUUACAGAGGGGUCUAGAACGCUUUGUUCGAAAUCGGAUGUAGAUUUUUUGCGGUUUUAUGACAUGUCCGAAGUUGUUGCUAAUCGAAAUGACUGCCAAGGAGAUAAAGAGUACUUUCUAAUUACCAAAGACGAUUCGACAUCCCCGGGUUAUUAUCUUCUCCGUAAAUAUGGCCAUUCAAAUUAUGAAUUGAAUAGCAAUUUCAUACCUCAUCAUGUCUGGGAAGCAAAUGACGGUGAGAUAUAUGAUUAUCAUGGACCUGCCAUUAAUGCUAAAGGAAAGAAUUCAUAUAACGAUCAGGACUAUACAAUUGCUUUGUUGUGUUUAAGUUGGCCAAAAGCUGCCAGAAAAUGGCUUACGGAUGAUGGUGCUGGAAAAUGGCCAACAAAGGAAAUUAAAUCGUUUGCUAAACAAAAUGGAUGUUUUCUUGUCCCGGUUGGUAGUAAAGGAAGUGAAAUGGAAAAAUACGAAUUCAGAAUAUCUACAUCAUUGGCGGAAAGAGCUCUGAUGUUUAGUUUAAAUAUCACACAACUUAGAUGUUAUAUCUUUUUGAAAAUGAUCACGAAAAAAUUGGGAGAAAAUGUGAUCUCAAGCUAUAUAUGUAAGAAUGUCCUUUUUCAUUGUAUAAAACACACGCCUUCAUGUUUAUGGAAAGAAAUUAGAUUGUUGGACUGUUUAACGCUUAGUUUGUCGUCCUUACAAUAUUGUGUUCUAACUGAAAACUGUCCACAUUUUAUUAUACAUGAUAACAAUUUAUUGUUCAGGCGAUUAACAACUCAAAUAAAAACAAAUGUUAUUGAAAAAAUAAGUAAAAUAGUGCUUUCACGCGGGCAAGAAGUACUGAGACGUGUUCAAAACGUAAAGAUGGAAGGAAGACCACCACCAUCAAACAGUUAUUAUAUUGGAUGUCUCCUUCUUAAUACUGGAAAGCAUGUUCAAGAUUAUUCUCAAAUUAUCAUAUUUAAGGCAAGACAUUUCAAUGUACAAAAAGCAUUACGUCAUUUAUAUUCUUCCUUGUCUGAAUUAAUACGGUUUCACAAGUUAGGUAGCCGAUUGGAACGUUUAGCAUGUAAAUUACUUGCAGGAGAACUAAGUUCUACUAUAGGAUCACUUUUGGCAUCUUAUAACAUAAUGACAUGCAUGCCUGUUUCGAAAGCUUCAUUAGAGUGGUUUGAUGCAAGUCUUGAUUCCAACGUUUCAUCUAGCAGAUUAAAACUAGCGUCGGUCUAUUACUGUUCUGGUGAAAUUGAAGCUGCGUUUACAAUUAUAAAAGAUGUUGACAGGCGUUAUAAUAUUCAUCAAGUGGAACCAGUUUGCCGUUGUACAACACAACCAAGCCAUUUACCAAGAGAAGAGUUCAUCAAAGCAGCCGAAUGUAACAACGAAAAUGGUCUAAAAUAUGUCGCUGCAUAUUGCGUACAUUUUCUUCGCAGUGAAAAUAAAUGUAUGCCAAAAGAGUUGCUGUUGGAAAUGUACAGGACGACAAAAGCUGAAGACAUCUUGCGACAUUCAAAUAACCGAUGGUUAGAUCUGGCAUUUAUUGAUUCCCUAACAUUCCUAUUAUUUUUAAAAUAUAAGAUUUCUGGUCGUUUAGGAAUACACAAGGAGCAGAUUCAAGCUUUACAAGCUCUCAUCAGGGCAAUACGAUUCGAGCCAAAUUUAGGUCACAGAGAAACUGGAUUGAAUUUAGUUGGACAAAUUAUGGUCGAGAAAGGAAAACUAUUUAAAGCCUUGCUCUUCUUUCUAGCGUCUCAUAAAAUAAAACUUGAAUUAAACGCAGCAAAGAUCCAUAUAUGCACUGUCAUACAUAAACUGUUAAAACAAUAAAAACAUGACUGGACCAAGUAAAUCCUAAAUAAUUGUUAUGUUGUUUUUUUAUUUGACCAAAUAAAUCCUAUAUAAUUGUUAUGUUUUUUUUUAUUCUCGAAGUUGUUUUUUAUACAUUUUAUAAGUAGUAAAAUUAAUGUAUAUAUCUUACUGAUAUGCAUGAACGAAGAGUUUUGUGAAUGUUUCUAAAUGCUUAA